GGACGCUCGGGUAGGGUAGCGAAAGCGGCGGGAGAGCUUCAACACAUCCUCAAAUUUAUUAAUCUUCUCUGUUCUGACCUUUGAUUUGGUAGCUGCUGUGAUAUUUGACGGACAAAGGAGGCGCUUACUGCUACAACCCGGCGCCGUGUCUCUUAUAGAAACGCGUUCAUGCGUUGCUUUUGAAGAAUUCCCGGGAAAUUUGUGUGAACGUUUGUUGUUUUUUUUCUUCUUUUUUUUUUUAAUUAGCUCCGUGUUAGCGGUUUGACAGCAAUGGCGAAGGUACAGGUGUUAAACGUGGCGGUCCUAGACAACCCGAGUCCCUUCAGAAACCCCUUCCAGUUUGAAAUAACCUUCGAGUGUAUGGAGGACCUCCCUGAAGACCUGGAAUGGAAAAUCAUCUAUGUGGGCUCAGCCGAGAGUGAAGAGUAUGAUCAAUGCCUCGACUCUGUCCUGGUGGGCCCGGUACCCGCUGGGAGGCACAUGUUUGUCUUUCAGGCCGAUGCUCCAAACACUGGGCUGAUUCCUGAAAGUGAUGCUGUCGGUGUCACUGUCGUGCUUAUUACCUGCACAUACCGAAGCCAGGAGUUCAUUCGGAUUGGUUACUAUGUGAACAACGAGUACACAGACCCCGAGCUUCGAGAAAACCCUCCAAUCAAGCCAGACUACACACAGCUGCAGAGAAAUAUUCUAGCGUCAAAUCCACGCGUUACCAGGUUCCAUAUAAACUGGGAUGGCUCUACAGAGAGAAUGGAAGACUCUGAAAAUGUGGAUCCCUCCUCAAACUCCAUGCUCCCCCCAUCCUGUCUCCCAGGCAAGGCCCCACCUCUGGGGAUGCUUCCGGAUAACUCCAUGGACUGCUUGUAGGAAGCUCCAAAGCCCUGAAAAGGUGGCGACUUACAGCACGAGGUCCUAUUUUUGAGCGAUGCCUAUGGACAUUCUGGAGUGGAUAAAUGGAUGUACUGACAUCCUGGCCUUAUUGCUGUCCCUUGUUCUCGAUAACUUCUAAAAAAAUAAACUCACCUUGGGCUUCAAAAGCAGUCGUUGCAGUGAAGAUUGUGAACAUCUUACUGGAAUGAUCAUUUACAGAUGGAGAGUUUCUCGUUGUGGUUUUGACAGCAAUAUUAGAUUGUGGGAUAGAAACAGCAGCUAUGAAAAUAUUCAGUUGAACUGAAACACAAAUGAACAAAGAACUGUUUUGUUUUUGUUUGUUUUUUUCCUCUUCUUUUACUGGUGUGAAAGAAAUUUGUACCGAUUUAAGACUCCACCACUGAAGCAAUAGGCAAAAAAAGAAAAAAAAAAAAAGCAAUAUGUUACUGUACAGAUUUUUGAUAAUUCUGUCUUCAUAUUUUU